AUGAAGCCUCGCCUAUCCUUUUGCGAGAAAAUCAGGUUGAUUUGCGUUUUGCUGUUUGUGGCUCCCUGGGUGCUCGCAAUCGUCGCUGCACGGUUCCUCCUACACGCCCUCCGAAACAACCUGAACAUCCCUAUCUAUCUACUGAACGCUGGAGUCAGGGUCCUCUUGGGCACUUUUACGGCUCGCGAGAUCCAGACCUUGCUUCCACCUACCGAGGAGGUGUACAGAGCAUGGAUCCGACGAAAGGAGAGCCUUGUCAAGGACCCAAGCCUGAAAGAGCGACUCCGAUGUGAUAUACAACCUCUACCCGAGGUGAACUCGAGUAUCCUCUGGCUUGGCAACCGCCACAAAGCCCGAAAGGUAGUGCUCUACUUCCAUGGUGGAGGCUAUGUCAUGCCGGGCCAGCCCGGGCACUUUGAAUGUGCGUGGAAUGCAUUUGUCCUCUCCGGGGUCGAAAUGGACACCGAGGUGGCCGUGGCAUUUCUGCAGUAUUCUCUUGCCCCGGCUGCAAAGGCUCCUGUGCAGCUCCGUCAGGCCGCAUUCGCGCUGUCCGAGCUUCUCAAGGCGGGAUUCGAGCCCAGGGAUAUUGCUGUAGGCGGUGACUCUGCUGGUGGCAACGUGGCAAUGCAGCUUCUUCACCACAUCAUCGAGCCUCAUCCCGAAGCCAGCCGUAUCUCACUGACCGAGCCCCUGUCCGCCGCGUUCCUUGUCUCACCGUGGCUCAGCCGCGAGAUCUCCAGUAUCUCGUUCCGGAAGCAUGAUCGAAACGACAUGCUCUCUAUAGCCAUCAUGCGAUCUUUGGCAGCAGAUGCUCGGACUCAUAGAUAUGAGAUCGACUCGUAUCGAGAUGACAGUUGGGCAGAGCCUCUGGAGUGCCUGGGGACUUGGCUCUACGGGCUGAAUGGCGCCGUCAAGAGGCUUCACAUCGUUGUCGGUGAGAGGGAGGUUCUGGCAGACCAGAUCAAGGCUUUGGCAAAGAUGCUCGAGGUCCUGAAGACGGAAGUCCAAGUGACGCUGCAAAGCUACCCGAAUGCGGGACAUGACCUGUUUGUGGCCGAAGGCAUACUGGGACAAAUUGGGGAAGCAACGAUUGGGAUGAAGCAGUGGUUCAAGGGCUUGCUAUAA